AUGACGUCAACAACACCAGUGACACCUCCCUAUGGUAGCAGCAGCAGCCACAUGUCGACGAAUCCAUCCCGAUUCAAAAAAGCACCCUCUCCAUUCUUUCGAUUCAAAUACAUCAUUUUAGGAACCGUGAUUUUAUUCAUUGUCAUUUUACUGGUCAUUCAAUUUUCACUUCAUGUCAACACACCAAGUCAUGACGAUGAUGCAUCAACACAAGGUACCCAACCCGAAGCUAAAAAUGUUCCUCUCGUGAGUUUGAAUGAGAAAGGAGAGACGAGAGAUACAGUCUCUGAAGUGACUAUAUGGUCCACUAGUUUUCACAUUUCACCCAUUCAUUGUUUGAAACAUUUCAUGAAGAACAUUUUCGAAAAGAAGACUGGAAUCAAAGUGAAUAUCAUUGAAAAAUCUUUGAGUGGACAUUGUGCACUCACCAAUUCAUGUGCCAAAGAUUUAAAAGUUCUCACUCCAGACAAUGCCAAAGGUGAAAAUGAAUGUGUGGUACCCAUUGCCAAACAAUUCUACGAUGCCUAUGUCGAUGAUCCUGAAUUUAAAAAAGCAGAUCUUGUCAUGUGUGACCACAAUGUGGCCAUGUGUGAAAUGUACAUGGCAUUUGACGUUCCUCUCGUACUCUAUCUCACAACUCGAUACGAAUUGUGGAGACAUCAACCCGAACGAUGGCGGAAUUUAAAUUCCAAUUUGUGGAAAAUGUUUUUCAGAGGACCCAAUUCGAUCAUUGCCAACAAUCUCUACGAUGCCAAAUACUUUAAUUAUUUCACAGGAUUGGAAGCUGGCGUGGUAGAUAGUUAUUGUGGAUAUGCAGCAGAUAUGGCAAUUUAUAACAAUCCAAAACGAAAGGAAAUAUUAAUUGGACCUUCUCGUCUUUCCAUUACACCCUCAGAGUUCUUUAAACCUUUAGAAGAAUUAGCCAAAAGAGAUGAUUUUGAUUUGAAAUUGGCUCCCAUUCGAUCCUUGUAUCCAAAAUUUGAAUAUUCCGAUCUAGUGAACCAUCCAGCCAUUGUGAUUGUACCUUAUCAAUUAUCAGUCAUGAGCUUUUUUGAAUAUUAUCGAAUGGGAAUUCCUUUGUAUUUUCCAUCGGUGGAUUUACUCACGAAAUGGCAUGUGAAAUUUAGAAUUCUCUCUGAGAAAACUUGGCAUAUGGUGUUAACGAAAAAUCCAUCCAAAGGUUCACCCCUCAAAAGAAAUCCUCAAUCGACAGUCUCUUCGGGUAUGGAUCCUAACAAUGAUGUCGAUGCUAAGAGUGUACGGUAUUGGAAUUAUUUUGCAGACUUGUAUCAGUGGCCACAUGUCAUUAUUUAUGACUCGUUUGAAGAUUUGUAUCACAAAUUGAAGAGAGCAACUCCAGAAUAUUACAAGGAAGUGAGUGCCAAGAUGCAUAAAUAUUCAGAACAAGUGCAACAAAAUUUGAUUGAGGAUUGGAAACGAAUUUUUGAAAAGGCAAAGAAAAAGAAGGGACGAAGUCGUUUCUCGUCCUUUUAUGAAGCGAUUCAAAAUUGGGGAAUUUUCAUUAAUGAAAAAUCGUGUGACAUUGCAUAG